AGACAUCAUUGGUAAAAAGACCCUGAAUAUGACCAUAUCACUUUUUAAGCCCAAUACAAUUGUAUUCAUCCUGGUCAAUUAUAUAUAUAGUAGAGUUCUUCUUUACCGGUUUGUAAAUAUUAUGAUCGAAUGUCUAACUUAGGUACCAAUAAUGCCUAAUUUAGCGCGGAAGCUGCUUAUAUGCGCAGCUGUUGAUGGCCUCAUAAUCCAACCUCUUGCGACAAAAGGCCAACGAACUUCUGCGCCAGUCAAAAUCAAGUAUGGAGAUGCUACGGUAUCUUCGCUACCUCGCGAUCAAACACCAGAUACCACGAAACCCAACUCGUCCUUCGAGGCUUUUGGGGUUGUAGGGCUCUUCACUGUCUCUCGCCUAAGCUACCUUAUCACAAUUACCGGUCGCCAGCAGGUCGCGCAGGUUCGCGGCUUUCCCGUCUACGUCGUGACAGACGUUGCGCUCACCCCGUGCACGAGUCGAAGCGAGGCCGAAUCCGCCAUCGCGAAUACGGCAACGAAGCUACGAAGCGCAUCAGGCGAAAAAGCUGUCGAAGAUAGCGAUUCGGAGAGCGAAGUAGACACCCGUUCGGUAACAGGCGGCGACGACGACGCAGAAGACCCAGGCGCUCUAAGCGAUCGUGAAAGUAUCGACGACAAAGACACGUCAGGAGCAGGCGGGGAAAAGAGUACCAUAGCCCAGGAUGUCAUAAAGCGCCGUGGGACCUACGGGCGAUUCGCCCAGCGCUGGUUCAGUCGUAAAGGCUGGAUGAUGGAUCAGAAGCGAAACCUAGGGAUGACUAGUGUCGAAACUGGCCAGGUCGGCGACCAAGCUGGCGACGAGAGUAACAAGGCGAAGAUGGGCGAUCCGGACAAGGAACUGAGCGAUACCGUGUUACAGGAGAAGGUUGAUCCGCCCCCGACGCCUUCAGCCGGCGAGAGUCUAAUACCAAAACUACUGCGAUUCUCACAUAUCUGGCUCGGGGCAUCUAGGAGUUUUUUCUUCUCUUAUGAUUUCGACCUUACGAGAAGCCUUGCUAGUCACUCUACGACCUCAGCCGCAGAAAACCUUCCGCUCCACGAGGUAGCAGAUCCCACAUUCUUUUGGAACCGCAAUCUACUUAAGCCGUUCCAUGGGUAUAGUGAAGAAUCAUUAUUGUUGCCAGUAAUUCAAGGGUUCGUAGGCCAGAGGAGGUUUGUCGUGGAUCGUCAUCCACCUCAAGUCGAUUCCCAAGAAGAUUCCAUGGAAAUGAAUAAUAUUACACCUCCAUUGGAAUCCAAUAUUGAAUUCCCCCCGCCAGAGAGAGCAGCCAGCGAUCUGAGACCAUCUGAGAAGGAGCUUGUUAUGACCAUUAUUUCCAGGAGGUCUACUAGGCGAGCGGGACUGCGAUAUCUGCGGCGUGGUAUAGACGACAACGGUUACGCUGCCAACUUUGUCGAGACAGAGCAAAUACUCUCAACUCCGACGUGGAGUCCGUCAUCCAAAAUUCACUCAUUCGUUCAGGUGCGAGGUAGCAUACCGCUUUUCUUUACUCAAUCGCCAUAUUCCCUUAAACCGAUUCCGGUACUACAGCAUUCUCCAGAGGCAAAUUUCAGAGCGUUUACGAAGCACUUCGAACUUAUGAGCAAGGCAUAUGGGUCUAUACAAUUAGUAAACUUAGUUGAGAAGCACGGCGUCGAAGCUAUAAUCGGUAAAGAAUAUGAGAAAGCAGUCAAAAAGCUCAAUGAACAAGAGUCGAAAAACACCCCUCCCCUUGCUUUCGAGUGGUUCGACUUUCACUCUGCGUGUCGAGGAAUGAAGUUUGAAAAUGUCAGCUUACUUCUGGAUACCUUGGGUAAAAAGAUCGAAGAGACUGGCAGUACGGUAGAAAAGGACGGCCAAAUAGAACGGAAGCAGAAUGGCGUCUUGAGAACGAACUGUAUGGACUGCCUCGACCGUACUAAUGUCUGCCAAAGUUCCUUUGGCAAGUUUAUGCUUGACCUCCAGCUGAAGGAAGAGGGCUUCGACAUGUCGGUCCAGCCCGACCAGGAGAAUUCGUGGUUUAAUACCCUCUGGGCUGAUAAUGGAGACGCAAUAUCCAAACAAUAUGCAUCUACUGCUGCGAUGAAGGGCGACUACACCAGAACAAGAAAGAGGGAUUAUCGCGGAAUGGUAAACGACCUUGGUUUAUCAUUAACAAGAUUCUACAAUGGAAUGGUAAACGAUUAUUUCUCUCAAGCCGCCAUCGACUUUUUCCUCGGUAACGUCUCCUCCAUGGUCUUCGAAGAGUUUGAAGCCACCAUGAUGAGCAAGGACCCCGGGGUUUCAAUGUCAAAGAUGAGGGAGCAAGCUAUCGAAACAUCACAGAAGAUUGCCAUAGAAGAUGAUAAGGAAGAUUUUAUUGGCGGGUGGACUUUGCUGAGCCCUCAUGUAUCUGACACCCUGAAGUCGUUACCAUUCGAAGAAGUGGUGCUUCUUCUGACCGACACGGCGCUGUACUUGUGCCGAUUCGAUUGGAAGCUUGACAAGGUAUCCUCGUUUGAAAGAGUGGACUUGGCGCAUAUAGUCAACAUCAAGAUCGGCACGUACAUAACGUCGGCUAUCUCCCCGGCGGAAGCCGACGAGUCGAAGAACGUCGGUAUCGUCGUGACUUACGAACCGGGCAAGUCCGACAUCAAGCGGACCAACACGCGAUCCCUAUCUAGCAUGUCGGGACAGUCUGACGAAUCGUCAGGCAAGAUGGCCGCGCUCAAGGACCCGGCCACAGCCCCCGCAGCCGUAUCGGGCAUUUUGAACCAGGGCAUCCUCAACGCCAUCACGGGCAAACCGCAGACACAGGCGCCGCGGAAGAUCGCCUUGAAAGCGCUGCACUCGACGACGGCAGUGUCGGACGACGCGAAGGACGUCAAGGAGAUGUCGGAGAGCGAGCAGAUCAACCUCAUCGCGACGGAGAUCCAGCGGCUGGUCUUCUACAACCAGCCGGCUCUGGCUAGCUCCGGGGAGAGGCAGAGCAUCAUCGAGAGGGGCGAUAUCAUCUCCCUCGCCGAGGCGAAGCGGAGCACGGGUAUUCUAGAGCAGUUGGGUCAUAGCAUAAAGAAGCUGGUUUGGGCAUGAUGAUAGAUUGAUAAAGCAAGGACCCCCUCCUUGGAUAAUAAUAGUAAUCGGUGGUGGUGGUGAUGGUGACAGUGGUUAGGGGCACAUAUGUAUAUAGACCUGUGUAGCAGCCUUUAACGUCCGGCUUUUUCUUCUUCUUCAUCAUCAUCAGUCGGAAGACCGGGGACAAGCCCGGUAUAAGUGCAUCUGGUAGCGCAUAUCUUGUAAAUCCAUAGGAUACCGCAGCCCUUCGCCUAGACGGAACCAUAGCGAGUCGUGCGAUUGUAAUUUCUCCCACCGGCACCCUUCGGCCGGCAGCUUGUCGGCCUGGAGCAGGGUGUGGUCCAGCAGCCACUGCAUCGGGUACUUCUUGGCCUCCUUGCCCACCGCCGCCUCCGAGUAGCUGCCCGGGCUGUCGACCACGAGCAGCAGCGACCCGGCCGGCACAGCCGCGCUCAGGUUCCGCAGGAACGCCGUCGUCAUGCGCAUCCCGCCGCCGCCCCCCGUGGACGACGACGGCGACGACGACGCGUACAGCUCGUUCAGCGUAAACAGCAGCGUCACCAGCACCGGCC